AUGCCGUCGAUGGAGGAGAGCAAGAGACAGGUGAAGGCAGGUCUGUCUCAUCACAAGAACGAUGUAGAUCACGAUGCUAUUCUUGCAAGUCUGCAAGACGAGAUCGAUAGCCACAAUGCGAGGGGUUCCGAUGAUAGCGCGCACUAUCGCAGCCGACAUAGAUCUCGCAAGAGCGACGAUCAUGAAAGCUCCACCAAGUUCCGCUUCAAACACGGCGAAGAACUGCCCAAGAAGCGAAAGCACCGCUCCGGAGAUGAUCGCGACCGUCGGCGACACCGCAAGUCCAGGAAAGAUACCGACACUGGUCCAGAGCAAGAUGAGACAGCGGCGCAUCCGUUCCCCCGUGAGCCUACAAACCCAGAGCAACAUGUCUGGGGUGAUCCCAACGCUGCCUUCCGCGAAUCUCUCUUCGACGCACUAGCCGACGAUGAAGGAGCAGCAUACUGGGAAAGCGUCUACUCCCAACCCAUUCACGUCUACCCUCGGCCCAAUGUCGAGACCCCGAAAGGUGAGCUCGAGCAGAUGAACGAUGACGAUUACGCGGCCUUUGUGCAGUCCAAGAUGUGGGAGAAGAAGAACCCUCACGAGGUGCUGGAGCGCGAACAGCAAGCCAAGGCGCGGAAAGAGGAAGAAGAGGAGCGAGCGCGGAGAAGGGAGGAGUUUAUCAGGAGGAAAGAGAGGGCCGCGUGGGAGCGAGCACAGAAGGCUGGGGCGAGGAGGUUCGCCGGCGUGGACAGUGAUGAGGAUGACUACGAAUGGGUGCCUGAUACGGAGGGCAGGACGACCGGGGGUUCGAAGAGGACUGAGGGUGGGAGGGAGCAGGAUGAGUAUCGGCAAGCUUGGACGCAAUAUCUCGCUGCUUGGGACAGGCUCAAGGUCGAGCUCCUGAACGAGCGAGACACCUCGAACAGAGACGAAUCGAUCUCGAAAGCGCCUUCGAAAAGGAUCCCGUGGCCGGUGUUGCAGCCGAAGCCCGUCACGAAGCCGAACAUUGAGGCUUUCAUGCGCCAUGUUCCGAGUGAUGGUGGAGGUAGGAUCCGGCUGCAGAACUUGAAGGUGGAAAGAGUCCGAUGGCAUCCGGACAAGGUCCAGCAGAGGUUCGUUGGUGAGGUAGACGAAGGCACCAUGAAGAUCGUCACGGGAGUCUUUCAGGUCGUGGACGGCAUGGUGGAAGAAGAGCGCAAGCGGGUUAGUGGAGCGUGA